GCCACUUCCGGACUUGAGGAUUCGAUGCCUAACAAAAAAUGGACAAAAGAUUACUUACAUAAAGCGGUUUGAGGUUAUUCCUGUCGGAACAAAACACGCCGUAAUAAUAGUUGAUGAAUUGAGUGGCGAGUGCGUUGAUGUCUGCCAUUUCGAGAUCAGAAAGUUAAAGAAAUUGGUAGAAAUGGAAUGA